AUGUACGCUCCUGGUAAAGUCGUGGAGCGACAGGUCGGGGGCCGUCGAUCGAAGAAGGAAACGCAAGGCAAUGCAGGACAUGCAGAAAGGCAGCUCUGUUCAACCUUGGGCUCCACCGCUCCAACUAUCCCCUCAAAGCACCCUCCACCUCCCUUUGUGGAAGAGGACAGCAAAGCCCCCAAGGGGUUCAGCAAGAGCGCGACCAGAUUUGCACAUUCGCAAGAGAACGAAGUCCCCGGCCCCGGUUUCUACCACCGUCCCGCUUCCCCCAACUACAAGAGCGACUCGCUCUCGAAGCUGGGGUAUGGCUCCGGUUUCGUGUCGAAGGAGAAGCGUUUCCGAAAGAAAGAGGAACGUAGGGCUCCCGGGCCGGGGUUUUACACGGCGGAGAAACUGCCCCCCCAUCUAGACCACAACUGGCGGCAGGCCACGUCACCAUUCCUGGCGCCUCCAAAGGACUCCCUUCCGUUGGGGCAGUCUAUGUCGAACACUCCUGGGCCCGGCGAGUAUGAGCCUCUCAAAGCGUCGCAGCCCCUGCCUUCCUGUCACUCCGCCUUCUGGAGCCGAAGCAGUCGGAUGGACUGCUACCGAGGGAGCCGCUCCGCGGCAUGCUCGCCCGCGCCUGGGAGUUACAAGGAGCCACUAGGAAUAGGUGACGUCUCCCUGGCCCGCACUGCCGCCCUGGGCGAGAGAGUCGAGCCUGGCGUCAUGCUUCCGUCAGCUGCGUUCCGGUCAACGUCACUGGCACGAGGGGAGUCGCCUACACGAUCCACCUCGCGAGCGGAGGAGGUGUUGCUGACGAGCCUGGACCCGGCUGUUCCAGUUGAAAGGGAAGACGAAGCCGGCCCGGGGCCAGGAUCGUACGAACCGCUUUGCAAGUCAAGAAGUACGUCGAGUUUAGCCAUGGAGUCUAGUAUGUUCGCGAAAACGAUAGUCGACCGCUUUGGGAAACCUUUUACGAAACGGAAGCAGCAGUCGUUUGUGCCAGGGCCAGGCACGUACGAACCUUCGCACGCAUUUUCAAUCGAGUCGAACGUGGCGAGGGCAGCCUUCUCGAGACAAACGGAAAGAGACAUGAGCAAGUCGAGCACCGAGCAUAUCAAGCCCCCUGGACCUGCAUAUUACAACCCGACGAGAAGCGCCAUCAAGACGGACAACCUCUUCAACCGUCUCGAAGAGAGCAUGUGGACGGUGGCCAGAAAGCUAUCGUUUUGCUGA